GCAUUGUGGGGUGGUGGAGGCGACGGCGGCUGCUGCGUCGGACUGGGUGGCGCUGCGCCGGCGGGGCCCGAGGCGAUGGCUUCCUGGAGCGCGCCUUCUCCCAGCCUCGUGGAGUAUUUUGAGGGCCAGUCCCUGUUCCAGUGUGGCUAUUGCAAGAAUGAGUCGUGCAGCCUCUCGAACGGCAUGUGGGCACAUUCUUUGACAGUGCAGGAUUAUCAGGAUCUUAUAGACCGAGGAUGGAGAAGAAGUGGGAAAUAUGUGUACAAGCCUGUCAUGAAUCGAACAUGCUGUCCUCAGUAUACUAUAAGGUGUCAUCCUUUACAGUUUCAGCCAUCAAAAUCUCACAAGAAAGUUUUGAAAAAAAUGCUGAAAUUUCUGGCUAAAGGGGAGAUUUCGAAAGGCAAUUGUGAGGAUGAGCCUAUGGAUUCUACAAUGGAGGAUGCUGUUGCUGGUGACUUUGCAUUAAUAAACAAGUUGGAUAUAAAGUGUGAUCUUAAGACACUCAGCAGUGACCUCAAAGGAAGCAUAGAGAGUGAAGAGAAGAUGAAAGAAAAAAGCUUAAAGAAAGAAGAAUCUAAAGAAUUAAUUCAUCCACAAGCUAUAGAGAAGUUGGGCUCUGGUGAACCAUCACAUUCAGUCAAAGUUCAUAGUGGUCCUAAGCCAGGUAAAGGGGCUGAUUUGAGUAAGCCUCCAUGUCGAAAAGCAAAGGAAAUGCGCAAAGAAAGGAAAAGAUUAAAACUUAUGCAGCAAAACUCAGCUGGAGCCUUUGAAGGCUUCCAGGCUCAAGGUCAGCCAGCGUCUUUGUUACCAAAGGCUAAAUCCAAUCAGCCCAAGUCACUUGAAGAUUUAAUUUUUGAAUCUUUACCAGAGAAUGCAUCUCACAAGUUAGAGGUGAGGGUGGUGAGAUCUACUCCACCAAGUCCUCAGUUCAAAGCCACAUUUCAGGAGUCUUACCAGGUCUAUAAGCGUUACCAGAUGAUUAUUCACAAGGAUCCACCUGAUAAACCAACUGUGAGCCAGGUGAGGCUAGUACCUGCCUCCUUUGAGGAUCCAGAGUUCAAGUCAUCCUUCAACCAGUCCCUUUCUUUAUAUACCAAGUAUCAAGUGGCCAUACACCAGGAUUCACCUAUUGAAUGUGGAAAGACUGAGUUCACAAGAUUCCUUUGCAGCUCACCAUUGGAGGCAGAGCACCCUGCUAAUGGACCAGAGUGUGGAUAUGGCUCCUUUCACCAGCAGUACUGGCUUGAUGGGAAGAUCAUUGCUGUGGGUGUGAUAGACAUCCUCCCAUACUGUGUGUCUUCUGUGUAUCUGUACUACGAUCCCGAUUAUUCAUUUCUGUCUUUGGGUGUCUAUUCAGCAUUAAGAGAAAUUGCUUUUACUAGACAACUGCAUGAGAAAACACCGCAACUCAGCUAUUACUAUAUGGGUUUCUACAUUCAUUCCUGUCCCAAGAUGAGAUACAAGGGUCAGUAUAGACCUUCUGAUUUGCUGUGUCCUGAGACAUAUGUCUGGGUGCCCAUUGAGCAGUGCCUGCCUUCUCUUGACAUCUCCAAGUAUUGUCGUUUCAACCAGGACCCACAAGCAGUGGAUGAAGGCCGCAGUAAGGACCCUGACCGAGUACGGGUACUUUACAGGCGAUGUGCCCUGCCUUACGGUGUUUAUAAGAAGAACCACCAAGAAGACCCAAGGGAGGAGGUCGCUGUGCUGGAGUAUGCAGACCUUGUAGGGCAGAAGUGCUCCGAGAGGAUGCUGCUGUUCAGAAACUGAAUGCCUGCACCACAGCCCAGCACCAGCCUGGGCACACCUGUCACAGUCCUGCCGUACCGGCUCCUGCAGCCACUCAUUAAGUACAUUCUUAGAGCUUUUAAAACAUAUUUUGUGGAAUUGUCUUUAUGAGAAUCUUGUGGUUAAUAUAAAGAUUUUAAAAUAUACUAUGAUCUAGCCCCUUAAUUGGGACUUGUCCUUUUAGAUUUUGCUUCUGGAACAAGGUGUGCUAAAUGUCUCCAGUGAAUAUUUUGGGCAGGAAAGUAAAGAAGUGAAUAUAAGUAAUUUCCUCACAUUACUAUUUUUGUCUUGGAGAAAUUGUAACACAGAGAUGGUUUGCUUAGACCAGUGGUUCUCAAUCAGUGGGUUGCGACUCCUACAAGGACUGUAUGUCAGAUAUUUACAUUAUGAUUCGUAACAGUAGCAAAAUUACAUUAUGAAGUAGCAACAAAAUAAUUUUAUGGUUGAGUGUCACCACAUCAUGAAGAACUGUAUUAAAGGGUAGCAGAAUUAGGAAGGUUGAGAACCAUGGACUUAGAGACCCAUGCAAGAUGUUAGCUCAUGCUGGGAAAUGUAGGAGUGGUCAAAGGUGAAGAAGAGCACGUUCUAGCACCGGGAAAUAUGUCUUCCCCACAAACCAAAACUCUGUUUGAUAUUAAAGUUGCCAGUGUUAACAGUGUGUCAUUAAUAAACAACCUGAAAAGGAAGUGCAAAGAUCAGGUGUUCACAUUGGAUGUAUGUCCAGGAUGGUCCUGCUUAUGUCUGUUGUCUUGGCAUAAUUGUUUUCCCUGUUGCUAGUGUUCCUUUGUGCCCCCAGAGGAUGAUAAAAUAUGCUGUGACCUUA